AGAUGUCGCUCGUUUGUUAAGUGAUAUUCGUUCUUACCUCGACGGGCACCGUACUCCCAUGUUGUUUUCGUUUGUGUAUGUUGUUAGCUAGUUUACCAUAAUCUGAAGAUAUGGCUGAAUAUUCAAAAGUGAAAACAACAAAACUUGUUUUGAAAGGACUGAACAAUGGAAAGAAGAAGAAGCACAAGGAUAAGAAGAGAAAAAGAGAUGAUGCGCAAGAUAAACCUGAUAUUGUUGGUGGAUGGUGGUGUAUUAGUGGCUUUGGGGAGAUUUCAGGAACGGUUGCGAUAGAGAUGCAGACUAAUUCCUACAUCCAUGCCCUGGAUACUGGUCUGUUCACAGUUGGUGCACCACAUCAAGAGGACGAAGGGCCAGACCCCCCGGAGCAAUUCACUGCCAUCAAGUUGUCAGACUCUAGGGUAGCCCUGAAGUCUGGCUAUGGGAAGUAUCUAGGGAUCACCUCGGAGGGGGUCGUGGUGGGGCGUUCCGACGCCAUCGGCUCCCGGGAACAGUGGGAACCUGUUUUCCAGGAAGGCAAAAUGGCUCUCAUGGCAGCAAAUAGCUGUUUCAUCUCCUACAGUGAAAGUGGGGACAUUGAGGCCAAGAGCAAGUUGGCGGGGGAAGACGAGAUGGUUAAGAUCCGGUCAUGCGCGGAGAGGGAGGUCAAGCGGAACGACGACAUUGCCGACGAGGACAGGGGCAAUGUGAAGAACUGCGAGCUCAACUACGUAAAGAAGUUCCAGAGUUUCCAGGACAGGCGGCUGAGGGUGAACGAGGAGGACAGCACCACACUGAAGAUGGCCCGGAAAGACGGGAAGUUCCACGAAGAGCUGUUAGACAGGAGAGCCAAGAUGAAAGCAGACCGAUACUGCAAGUGAAGAUACAAGAGUUUAUGGAUUGUCCACUCGUCUUUGAAUUCCUUGUGUUAAAAUCAAAAAGGGUUUCAUUUUUUAUCAUGAAUAAAUGUUAUUUGGGUAAGAGAAAGUCAUUUGUGGGAUUGUGUAAUUUCAAUCCCUAAACCCCUUCCCUAGCUGGCUGCUCAGAAGACCGAUUAGCUUGUUUCACUGGGUUUCCCUGUGCGUUAUCUCUCAGAUAAUAAACUGCAGUUGUGGUUACGGUGAGCUG